AGGUCCGGCCGCGGAGGCGGGGCGGGUUCCCGCGCCGGCCAGGCGGGCCGAAGAGUCUCUGCCCCUUCCUUAAGCGACAACUUUUUGAGCAAACCACGGGGCAGGAGGAGGGGUUUGUCCCGCGGAGAGAGAGGAGGAGGAGGAGGAAGUAAGUAAGGGGAGCGCCGAGGCCGGAGGGGCAGGGGGCUGCUCCGUGCCUCCGCUGCUGCCCCGCUCCCCCCGCGGUCCCUGUGGAAUCUGCUGGGCCCACCGCGGCCGGGCUGCUGCAAACUGCCGGCGGCCUGAGCCCACAGCUGGGAGUGCCUGCGGUCCUCUCCGCCCCGGGGGCGCGGAGGGAGCCGACAGGACUUCACGGAGCCCCUCUCUGCUACGAGCUGCUUUUAACCACUUACGAUGAGGAUCCGUCUGGCGAGAAGAUGGACGUGGGUCCGUAAAAGCUGCAUGUUCUUCGGCUUCUUAAUGAUCGCUUACUUUGUGGUCGAGCUGUCGGUUUCUUCCUUCGGUGCCUCCCUCGCCGGAGAGAGCAUCACUAAAGGGAAAUGGGAGAGGCGCUUUUCUGACAGAGCAGAAGAAGCUGUAGAUUUGGCUCGUCCAGUUUAUGACAAACCCCCACCUGAUCCUCAUGCCCCAGGAGAAUGGGGUAAACCCUCUCGCCCGCAGCUGAGUCCUGAGGAAAAGAAACAGGAAGAAGAGCUGAUCGAGAAGUAUGCAAUUAAUAUUUAUUUGAGUGAUAAAAUCUCUCUCCACCGGCACAUUGAAGAUAAUCGACUGAGUGGUUGUAAGACUAAGUCUUAUGACUACAGAAGACUGCCCACUACAUCUGUUAUAAUCGCUUUUUACAAUGAAGCCUGGUCAACAUUGCUGCGGACGAUAUAUAGUGUUCUUGAAACAUCACCUUCAGUGCUUCUGAAAGAAAUCAUACUGGUGGAUGACCUGAGUGAUAAAAUAUAUUUGAAGGCUGAACUUGAAAAAUACAUAAGCAGUCUGAAAAGAGUUCGCUUGAUAAGAACCAACAAACGAGAAGGAUUGGUUCGUGCACGUUUAAUUGGUGCUACCUUUGCUACUGGUGAUGUCCUCACAUUCCUAGAUUGUCACUGUGAAUGUGUCUCUGGCUGGCUGGAACCAUUGCUCGAGAGGAUUGCUGAGAAUGAGACUGUUAUUGUUUGUCCUGUCAUUGACACCAUUGACUGGAAAACAUUUGAAUACUACAUGCAAACAGCAGAGCCCAUGAUUGGGGGCUUUGACUGGCGUCUGACAUUCCAGUGGCACUCGGUGCCGAAACAUGAACGUCUCAGGCGCAAAUAUGAAACCGACCCAAUCAGAUCCCCAACUAUGGCUGGUGGCUUGUUUGCUGUCAGCAAGAAAUAUUUUGAGUACCUAGGUACCUAUGAUACAGGAAUGGAUGUUUGGGGAGGGGAGAACUUAGAAUUAUCAUUUAGGGUUUGGCAGUGUGGAGGCAUGUUGGAAAUUCAUCCAUGCUCCCAUGUGGGUCAUGUGUUUCCAAAGCGUGCACCCUAUGCUAGACCAAAUUUCCUUCAGAACACAGCACGUGCUGCUGAGGUGUGGAUGGAUGAGUUCAAAGAUCACUUUUACAACAGAAAUCCAUCAGCAAGAAAAGAAAACUAUGGAGAUAUUUCUGAGAGAAAGAUACUUAGAGAGCGUUUGAAAUGCAAGAGUUUUAACUGGUAUUUAAAAAAUGUGUUUGCUGAGUUGCAUGUACCAGAAGAUCGUCCUGGCUGGCAUGGUGCUAUCCGCAGCACAGGAAUAUCUUCAGAGUGCCUUGACUAUGUCUUACAAGAACAUAAUCCUACUGGGUCUCACCUUUCUCUCUUUGGCUGUCAUGGUCAGGGAGGCAACCAGUUUUUUGAAUAUACAUCAAAUCAGGAGAUUAGAUUUAACUCUGUAACUGAGCUAUGUGCUGAAGUUCCUGAACAUGAAGACUUCAUUGGUAUGAGGAGCUGCCCAAAAGAUGGUUCUCCUGUGCCAGAAAUUAUUAUCUGGCAUUUCAAAGAAGAUGGGACUAUUUAUCAUCCUCAUUCAGGAAAGUGCCUUACUGCUUAUCGUACAACUGGGGGGCGUGCAGAUGUGCAGAUGAGAACUUGUAAUGCUGCAGAUAAAAACCAGAUGUGGAAAUUUGAGAAAUAAUCACUGCUCGUGGUGUGAAUUGAAUGGACUCUCCAAGGUUUUUGGAGUAAUCUCCAAAGUUUUUACGUGCAUGAACAGAUAGCAGCAUUUGAUUGAAUACUUUGGAAUAUUUUCAGGUGUAUCUGUAGUGGUGUAGAAACUAUCUCUUGUGAUCAGUUAUGUAGAAAGCAAAAGUAAAUCCUGGGGUUUGGUUUCUAAAACAUGGAAUACAGAUCUAACGCCUUUUAUUUUUGUAAAAUUUUGAUUCAUUAUUUUCUUACUUUGGCCUGUCUUGCCUAUGGCAAAACAAAGGCUUUUGAGUGGACUAAGAUGGGGUUUUUUUAGCUUAAUAAAAAAAAACAAUUAUGCAAUAAUCCUGCAAGAUCAUGUUACAUGAAAGUAACGAAUCUUUACUUACAGAAGUAAAAGUUAAGGUUCUUGCAGUGGUAUCAGCUGACCUGUGUUGCAGAUACGUUAUAACAUGUGUCUAACACCAUAAGUAAGGCAUGUGAUUGAAUGGACAUUGAUGUGGAAAAUUGAAUCUAAGCCUUGUAAUAUUCUGCAUUUUUCUAGGAAUGUACAUGCUGUUAAGGGUAACAACUAGCUUAUUACAUAGAAGAACAGGAAGUUUAUUUAGUAGAUGGGCUUUGGCACUGCUUUGUGAUGUUGUACCUGUUGUAAAAAUCUUACCUCAUGGGUGUUAGUCAGGAGCCCUCAUGCAUUUAGAAAAGAGUGUGGUGGCAGAGGAACCAAGGACAUGCUAAUGGUACCACAAAUGGGAAAAAAUAGGGAUGGCAACAACUAAGAAUUCUGUUUAAAGGUAGUGGAGAAGGAAAGAAAGCACAAAAUUGUAUUAGGUACUAUGUUUUCUUAGCUGUAUAUUUAAUAUUUACAUUGCCUCUGUGUAAGCUUUUCCGUGUUCAGCCUCACAUCCUAGGGACACAAAACUUGUGUUCUAGACCACGUAUCCCUUUUUUUUUUCAUUUGAUCUGUCUGUGGAGGAGAGGAAGGUAACAGAGGAAAACUCGGGCUGUUUUCUGUUAUGGCAACAGCUGGCAUGGAUCAGUCCUAGACAGAGUUUUGAAAUAAUGCAGCAUAAGCUGCCUCUUUCUAGUUACAACAGUAGCACAGGAGACCUUGGAUGAGGUUAAGAAGCUGGCAUUGCUGACAUGAGGGGAGUUGAAAAGGCAAA